UCCGAGGACGAGGGAGGACGAGGGACGCCUGACGCAGCCCCAGGAGCAGAUCCAGCUCCCCUCGUCACAGCCAGCCUCGCUCCUUUCUCGGAAAAUACACCCGAGCCAGACGUAGCACGUUGGGAUUAAGGCAAGGCGAGGAACCGCCGCGUGGCGUGCCGGCCGGCGGCGCAGCCUGGUGCAGCGGGAUGCCGGGCAGCACCGCUUCGUCCCUUCUCCCGAGGAAGACCACGGGGAGCGUGGGGCGGCCGCGAUGUGCGCGUGCAGGCUGCCGCUGCCCAGCCGCCUGCGCCGCGGUGGCGUAGGAGGGCGGCCGUGACGCCAGGAUGGGACUGCUGGUGCUGGUGCGGAACGUGCUGCUGGCGCUCUGCCUCUUCCUCGUGCUCGGCUUCCUCUACUACUCCGCCUGGAAGCUGCACCUCCUGCGCUGGGAGGACUCCAAUUCAGUCGUUCUUUCCUUUGACUCCGUUGGACAUACGAUAGGCUCAGGAAGGAGAGAGAGAAAAACUGUGGCUAUUGUGCUUCCACGGUCCAUCCCAUCUCACCUUGCUGCAGACCCAGGAAAAGACAGAGCCCAGAAAGAACCAAUGGCAGCUCCAGACCCAGCCAUUCCUAAAUACGACAAACUGGGCUUUCUCCUGAACCUGGACUCGAAAUUGCCUCCAGAAUUGGCAUCAAGGUAUGCAAAUUUCUCUGAGGGAGUGUGCAAGCCUGGUUAUGCAUCAGCACUCAUGACUGUCAUCUUCCCAAAGUUCUCGAAGCCGGCACCAAUGUUCUUGGAUGAUUCCUUCAGGAGAUGGGCUCGUAUCAGGGACUUCGUACCCCCCUUUGGAAUUAAAGGACAAGAUAAUCUGAUCAAAGCCAUCCUGUCAGCAACCAAAGAUUACCGUCUAACUCCAGCUCUUGACAGUCUCAGCUGCCGACGAUGUAUCAUUGUGGGAAAUGGUGGAGUACUUGCCAAUAAGUCGUUGGGGUUAAAAAUUGAUGACUACGAUGUUGUUGUCAGGCUGAACUCUGCUCCGGUGAAGGGCUUUGAAAAAGAUGUGGGUGGCAAGACAACUCUCCGGAUCACAUAUCCUGAAGGUGCAAUCCAGAAAAUGGAACAGUAUGAGAAGGAUUCCCUGUUUGUUCUGGCGGGAUUCAAAUGGCAGGAUUUCAAGUGGCUGAAGUACAUUGUUUACAAGGAGAAAGUGAGUGCCUCUGAUGGCUUUUGGAAGUCAGUCGCAACCCGUGUCCCGAGAGAGCCUCAUGAGAUACGUAUCCUGAAUCCCUACUUCAUCCAGGAGGCAGCUUUCAGCUUCAUUGGACUGCCUUUCAACAACGGCCUCAUGGGCCGAGGGAACAUCCCCACCUUGGGAAGUGUAGCAAUAACCAUGGCGCUCCACAACUGUGAUGAGGUGGCGGUAGCUGGGUUUGGCUAUGACAUGAAUUCCCCCAAUGCACCGCUGCACUACUAUGAGAACAUCAAGAUGUCCGCCAUCAAAGAGUCCUGGACGCACAACAUCCAACGGGAGAAGGAGUUCCUGAGGAAGCUGGUGAAAGCCCGAGUCAUCACCGACCUGACCAGUGGGAUCUGAGUGGCUGCAGCCGCUGCCUCAAAGGGAGGAGAGGAAGAUGCACGCUGCAGCUCUGGGAGCAGGCACUGGCAGCCCCCCGCAAGAAGCCCGCUUCACUGGAGACACACAGAGAUGCCCGGGUGCCCUGGGAAGGCCCUCUCGCAUUGCCAGUCUGCAGGAGGGCAGCAUCUGCUGCCUCCAGUCCUAGAGCUGGCAGGAGGAGGGCAAGGGGCUGAGCGGGCAGUUCUUGAACUCUGCAUUGCAGACGGAUCUUCUGUAUCCAGAAUUAAACGGGAAAGACUCAGGAGAGAGAAGGACGGUUUGUGAAUAAAACGACUUGUGCCAAAUGGGAGGUGACGCUGCCCCAAGGCAGCGGUGCCUGAAUGUACAAAGUAUUAUUUUUUAAAGAAACUCUGCUGGAAUCAUACUAGAAAUACCAAGGUGCAAAGCGAAGUCUGCUUGUGCACAGCCCUGCGAAAAGCUCGGCCUCGCCUCGCUCCGUCUGCAUUGUCGCUGGCCUCAGACCUUUCCCCGGGAAAACAAAUCCGUCCAAGACUUCAGUGUUGGUGGUGCUGCUAUAAUUUAAAAGGAGGAUGGCUUUCCCUCGUUCUCCACUUGGAGCUUCGCGUUGGAGAUGAGCAUGGGUUUGUUUUUCUGCACUUUUCCUCGCUUCCUGCGUAGAGGCAGCAGCAGCCACUUACUUGGCUGUGUUUUCCGUAGCCGUUUGUCCUGCCCCGACUCUGCCCUCACCCUGGCGUGGAGCAGGGAGCCGGUGGCUUCCUCUGCCUGCAGCAGCCCCUCACCGCCAUCCUGCGUGUCACGGCGCUGCGGAGCCCACCUCGCUGUGCUCAAGGCUUCCAGGCCUCUUGGGUUGUGCCUGCUGUGCAGGGCCCUCACCGAGCCGGUGCAGAUCGGUGUCACCGCUCCUGGACAGCGCCUCGCUUUGCUUCUGUGGGGGAGAGGAGUGAUUCGUUGUUUGGAAGGAGGUCAGAUGUUGCGUGGAUAUCUGAAGCUUUGCAGUUUAAGAGCGGGCUGCCGAAGAUGUUUUACGUUCCAGACUCGACUGUGUUCCCUGAUCCGUGACCUCAGUGGUGGUGGAGCCUGCUGGCAAGGCUGGGGGCCUGCUGGGAACCCUCGCCUUCUGCUUGGCCCCUGCUCACUUCAUUUCCAAGCUCCUCCUGUGCUGCUCGAGCACUGCUGCUCCUCCUGCUCUCAGGAGCACGUCCCUUCCUUUGCUCUCUUGGUCCCAAGAUGCAGUAUUUGCACAUUUGAUUUGUAUACGUAUUUCAGAGGAGCUGGAAUAAACUGAGCAACGUGGCUGAGCGCGAGGACAGCGGGGUGCUCUCGUCCACCUGGAGAGCGUGGGCAGAAGAGGGAUUGCGGGGAGAAAUCAGGUGGAAAUGGGCUUCGAGGCAGGAGCAGGCCACCCUGCGCCCACGCAGGGCACCAUUCCGAGCCACGUCUCUGCACGUCGAGGCCACCGCGGGGGUCAGCGGAGGGGAUCUGGGAGGUGCUCCCUUCCUUUCCCCUUCCAUUUCCCUUCCCCUGUCCCUCUGGCCUCCCAGCUGGGUGAUCCCUGCUCUCCCCAGGUACGUGCCUGCCCCCAGGAUGCUCCAUGAGGUUUCCAGUCCAGAAAGCUGGGGUUUUCAGCAAGUUUUUGACCAUCUGCAGUGGCAGAUACUCAUUUGAAUGUUCUCCCCCAAUUUUUUAUUAUUUUUUUUUUGCUCAAGGGACUGGAGGUCCUGGUGGAGGUGCCUGGGCUGGACCUGGCCAGGUUGUGGCACCUACUUGGUGCUUGAACUGGGUCUUCAGCUGCUGCUGGGGAAGCCCUAGGGCACUGAGGGGGGUGAUGGGCCCCAUCCAUACACUACAGGGAGCGGAGAUGCCAGAGAGCAGGUAGCUGCAGCCAGGAGGAGGAGGGGAAGAGCCUUCGGGGUCAGUGCUGGGCUCCUCGCUACCCCCAGAGGAGCUGUGGAGGGAGCACCCCCAUGGAGACAGCAGAGCAUCAAUUUGAUUUAGUCCAUUAUCACUACAAACUCACAGGGCACCGUUACCUUCUAACUCACUGUCUCCGGGCCCAAGGCCCCUGCUCUGCUUUCCCUGUCCUCCCAGCUCCCCACGCCAUUGAGGUCAGGUCCCGAUGGGAAGCUGUCCCUGCAGACCAGGGGGUCUCAGGCUCAGGUUGCGUGGCUCGGGGUGACUGCGGUGGGUCGGGACACCUGCAAGUGGAGAGAGCAAGGAUGGAGGUGCUGGGGGACCACGGCUCCCCCGUGUCUCACUGUCCCUCUUGACCCAGGACUCUCAGCAAGGACAUCAGCGGGGCAGGUUCAUCCACGGAGCAUCCCACGGCCAGGCCCUGCGGGUGAUGCCGGUGUGCGCCCCGGCCCCGGGGCAGCACGUGGCGCUGGGACUGGCUCCUGGAGGCCUCUCCUUGGCUGUCUCCUCGCGUGCACCUGCAGCCACCUCCCGCCCUCCGAGACGCUGCAGCCCUGCCAGCUCGGAGCGGUGCACGCGGGUCAGAGCAGGGUCAGUGGGACGGAUGCGAGUCUUGGCCUCUCCCUCGCUGUGACUCACCUUUUCAGCUCGGAAGGGAGAGCCCAGGGGAAUUCUCCACGGCCUAAAUAUAGAGCGGGGUUGCCUGACGCCUCUGCCACGCCGCCGUGCAGAAAGGCCAGCGGGGUGGCAGGGAACCUGCCUGGAGAGGGGCUGGGGGAGCGCGAGGAGGUGGGGGCCGGGGAAAUCCAUGUGCCAGUGGGAGCCAGCUCCUGCGGUGGGGCUUUGCUCCUGCUGGUGUGGGCAGCGGGUCUGGGGCACCGCAGCACUGCUCCCUGGUAUCAGCAUCACCCAGGUCAGGGCUGGCCGUACCGUGGCCUCGAGCUCACACAUGCUGAACGGAGGCAGCGCCACCAGGGAACGUGAGGCUGCGGGGGAUCUGAGCCCGGCAUCCUCCGACCAGCACCUCUGGGCUUCCCGGGUCUCCUUUCUGCCGGGAGGGAGAUGGGGAAGGUGGCAGGGCAGGCUGGGGACGGGCAGCACCAGACGAGGGCUUCCAGGUGGCCUGGUAAGGAGGCGGCCACCACGCUGAGCUCCACCGGCAGCAGCGGGGUCCCUGUGGUCAGUCUGAGCAUGCGUCGGGCGCGGUGACCCCCUGCCACCCUUGGGUGUGGGUGACAGGGACGCCACCCAGCUCCUCCACAGCAUGUGGACCUGCUCCAAGGGCCAGGGAGCUCGCCAGUGCUGUACCAAGCUGAGAUGUAAGAACUCAAUGAGUUUUUAAAAUUAGUUUUAGUUUCUGCAUUGUUUUUUUUUUUUUUUUAAUUUUCCCUCUAGGUAGGGAGGGCAAGAGUCUUGCAGGCUCCUCCAAGCCGGCUUAUGUCACAUCAGUUCAGUCAUAUCACAGAAGCAAUAAAGCUAUCAAACGAGC